AACGAAGGAAAAUUUAAGUCGACGAAAUGCGUUGCGUUUCGAAAGUGUGUUUACGUAGGCUGGUGAAUGUUUUGAGACCAGCAUUAUGGCAGGGGAACCGUUGGAUGUCAGUAACUGCUGGUACGAAGGAGAGCAUUUACAAUUCAGACCACAAACAGAUGCAGGACACUCUCAGAAAGAUUAUUGACAAGGAUAUUAAUCCAAAUGUUGAUCAGUGGGAGGCAGAGGGACAGUUUCCAGCCAAACAGGUCUUCAAGACUCUAGGAGAUGCUGGCCUUUUAGGGGUAUCAAAACCAACAGAGUAUGGUGGUUUGGGACUGGACUAUACCUACAGUAUAGCUGUAGCCGAGGAGCUUGGUUCUAUCAACUGUGGAGCAAUACCAAUGGCAAUUGGUGUACAGACAGACAUGGCUACUCCUGCUUUGGCAAGAUUUGGAAGUGAUGAGUUAAAGAAGGAAUUUCUAGCACCGUCAGUGUCUGGAGACAAAGUAGCUUGUCUAGGGGUCAGUGAGGUUGGCUCGGGGUCAGAUGUAGCAAGUAUACAAACAAAAGCAGUAAAACAUGGAGACGAUCUUGUUAUCAAUGGAGGGAAGAUGUGGACCACCAAUGCAUUCCAGGCUGACUGGAUGUGUCUAUUAGCCAAUACUUCCCAGGGCUCUGUCUAUGAAAACAAAUCCCUUAUCUGUCUUCCUAUGGAUUUACCAGGAGUGAAAUUAGCUCGGAAAAUAGAUAAGAUGGGGAUGAGGAGCUCUGACACAGCUCAGGUAUACCUAGAGGAUGUACGAGUGCCAGCCAAAUACAUCAUCGGAGAAGAAGGAAUGGGAUUCACCUAUCAAAUGUUACAAUUCCAGGAAGAACGAUUAAUGGCUACAGCAGCAGCUGUUUUGCCCCUGGAUAAGUGUAUUGCUAUGACAGCAGAGUACACUAGCCAGAGGAAGGCGUUUGGACAACCCAUUCUCCACAACCAAGUGGUCCACUUUCGUCUGGCAGAGCUUGCCACAGAAGUGGAGGCUCUCCGUUCCAUGUUGUAUCGUGCAGUUGCCCAGUACAUUGAAGGUAAUGAUGUGACCAUGCUAGCCUCCAUGUGUAAACUAAAGUGUGGACGACUGGCUCGAGAAGUCACUGAUGGAUGUCUACAGUUUUGGGGAGGCAUGGGAUUCACUAAUGAGGUUCUAAUCAGCAGAUUUUACAGGGAUUUCCGUCUUCUGUCUAUUGGAGGUGGGGCUGAUGAAGUUAUGCUGUCAAUCAUAUGUAAAUACAUGGGCAUUUUGCCAAAGAUUCAAAAGAAGUCAAAAGAGUCUAUAAAAUAGGAAGGAAAAUACAGGUUCCUGAAAAGAACUAAUCUUUAUAACUGUGAUUUUGACUAUAACGACAAUCUAUAUUUCAUUAAUAGCUGUGAGUCUUUCAUGUUGCAGUUGUAUAUAUAUCUUUAAGGAUUUACCAGUUACUUUAAACCCUGGAGGUAACUUGAUCAGGUGAUAUGUUUGGUAAUUCAUGUACACUGUUUUUGUAAUACUGUGAAAUAUCAGAUUUAAUUAAGGAUCAGUCGUUGUAUUUGGUUCAAUUUAUGAGUGAUUAUUCUUUGUGUUAUUUUCGUAAUAAGCACCAAAAAUUGCUCCACUGUUUCUCUGGGUUGACAAGGAGUCUCUGUUAAUGAGCCAUGCUAUCUUAUGUACUAUGAUGCUUUGAUAUAGACUAAGUUAAUGACAUUUGAUCGUGUAUCAAUGAUAAAGAGCAAUCGCUCUACUGUACCUAACUGGCAGAGACUGUGGACUGCUGUCAACACUUUGUUAAUACUGAACCAAACCAUGGGAGACUGUGAACUGCUGUCAACACUUUGUUAAUACUGUACCAAACCAUGGGAGACUGUGAACUGCUGUCAACACUUUGUUAACACUGAACCAAACCAUGGGAGACUGUGAACUGCUGUCAACACUUUGUUAACACUGAACCAAACCAUGGGAGACUGUGGACUGCUGUCAACACUUUGUUAACACUGAACCAAACCAUGGGAGACUGUGGACUGCUGUCAACACUUUGUUAACACUGAACCAAACCAUGGGAGACUGUGGACUGCUGUCAACUUUUUGUUAAUACUGAACCAAACCAUGGGAGACUGUGAACUGCUGUCAACACUUUGUUAAUACUGUACCAAACCAUGGGAGACUGUGAACUGCUGUCAACACUUUAAUACACUGCUGUUAACCUAAAAUAAACAGAUAAGGCGGA